AUGGGGGAUCGCACUCAAUUCGUACCUUCUCAUGUUGGAGCCAACGUGCUUCCCAAUCUGCCUUUCUUUCACAAACUACUACGCUAUGCUCAGCGUAGACCGCCACGAAUCUCCAUUCGAGACGUGAACGCGGGAUUGGAAAAAACAUUUCAUCAUGUUCUUUCAGACGCUCUGAUUCUUCGAAGAAAGUUGGAGCAAAAGCUGAGUGCUGAAACUCUUCGAGACCUGGUAGAAGAUAAAGAGGUCUAUAUUGGACUAUUGGCACCGGGUGGCUAUGAGUACACCGUUGGCUUCGUUGCUAUUCUUGCACUUGGUGCUGCAGUAGUGCCAAUGGCUGCCGGGCUACCUGUGGAAGAAGUCUCAUAUUUCCUACUCAAGGCGCGAUGUGUAGCUCUAUUGGCCGAUACAACCAGCGAGCCACUAGCGCACUCAGUUGUACGUUCUAUGGGCGACAAGAACAACUUCCAUAUACCUUGCAUUUCUCCCAUCGCAUCCUUCUUCCAGACAACGCUGGUCGCAGUUGAUGAUAUUCUCAUUUCAUCAAACCGGGCCCUCGAUAUGAAUAACGCAGCCGCAGUCAUAUUCACCUCGGGAACAACUGGUCCUCCAAAGGGGGCUGUCCAACGUCGUACCUGGUUGACUGGCAACGCCGAAACCGACGCGGCCUUUUAUGGCGUCACUGAAGACGAUGUAGUUCUUCACGUCUUACCAGUACACCAUGCUUCCGGAUUAGGCCUCACAUUUCUUCCUUUUCUAACUGCUGGCGCAUGCAUCGAAUUCCGAAGUGGUAGCUUUGAUACUGCUUGGACAUGGGAGCGUUGGCGUCAGGGUGGGCUGAGCUUUUUCUCGGGUGUUCCAACCAUAUAUAUGCGGUUGAUGCGGUACUUUGAAGAAAAAAUUGCGACUCAAGCCCCUGAGGUACGGGACCAAUACAUCAAAGGCGCUCGUGAUAUCCGCACAAUGCUUUGUGGAUCGUCGGCUUUGCCUGGGCCUGUGCAGGAUUUCUGGGAGAAACUCCGUGAGAAACCAAUGAUGACCCGCUAUGGGGCUACCGAGUUUGGGGCGGUCAUCAAGACUGAUCUCAGCCCCCAGGGUAUGCCGAGGAACAGUGUUGGCCGCAUAGUUGGCGGUGUCGCGCUGAAGCUUGAAGAGGACGGUCAUCUGUUGGUGAAAUGCCCUUACAUGUUCUCCAAAUAUGUCAAUGACGAAAAGGCAACCAUUCAAGCACACGAUAGAGACGGUUACUUUAAAUCAGGUGACAUCGCUCGACGAGAAGGCGAUUACUUCUUUAUUCUCGGUCGCGCCUCCAUUGACAUCAUCAAAUCAGGAGGAUACAAGAUUUCUGCCUUGGAUAUUGAGCGAGAGAUACUCGGCUUGGACUAUGUAUCUGAAGUGAUGGUAGUUGGUGUGGAAGACGAAGAAUACGGUCAGCGAGUGGCAGCCAGCAUCAGCCUCAAGACGGACCAGGGCACAACACGCAAAAGCCUCACGCUGGCGGAGCUACGAGCAGACCUCCGAAGCAAGAUGGCAAGCUAUAAGAUACCUACUAUUUUACGAGUGGUCACGGGUGAGCUGCCCAAGUCAGGAACCGGCAAAGUGCAGAAGAAGAUUCUGGGGCCACAACUUUUCCCUUCGAAUUAUAGAGAGCUGCCCGAGAUUUCAGUUUGGAGCAAGAAGUCCAAGCUAUAA